AUGGCUGCCCAGGUCUCAACCGCACUCCUGCAUACACUCAAAACACACAGUGGCGCCAUCAACGCCGUGACCUUCUCGAGUUACCCGGGCACCUAUAUCCUGACCGGUUCCUCCGAUCGCGCCGUCCACCUCUCGCGCGCCGUUCCCAACAAUGCAAACAAGUCUGUACCAGUCGCAGAGACUUCCUCUCCCAUCCAGCGCUAUGAGGCGCACGGCUAUUCGGUGCUGGACAUCGCAGUCGCAUCCGACAAUGCGCGCUUCGCGAGCGUAGGCGGCGACCGCCAGGUCUUCCUGUGGGAUGUCGAACAGGGCAUCACGACUAGGCGAUGGGGCGGACACAACAGUCGCGUCGAAGCCGUUCAAUUCGCGGGCGAAGGUGACUCCGUGGUUAUCUCUGGAAGCGCCGACACGACAAUCAACCUAUGGGAUACCCGCUCCAACGCCUAUAAGCCAAUCCAGACCCUCCCCGAAGCGAGCGACACUGUUUCAACCUUGCAUGUGCACUCACCCACAUACUCGAUUGCCAGCGGUAGCUACGACGGCCACGUGCGAGUCUACGAUGUCCGCAUGGGAAAGACCACAGUGGAUGUUUUGGGGCAUCCGGUGACGAGCGUGCGGUGCUCGGCGGAUGGGAAUGCGCUACUCGUUUCUACGUUGGACGGCUACAUCCGCAUGCUCGAUCGCAUGGACGGAAAACUGCUCAAGGUGUUUGGAGGGCCAGGAGAAAAAGAAAUCCGGCAACCUCCCAUUGCUGGUCUCAGUACGCCUCGACAUACCUACCGAAACACGGCACUGCGGAUUCGAUCUGUUUUUGGUCGAGGGGACGCCGUAGUCUUGAGUGGAAGCGAGGCUGCGCAAGGUGAUGGUGCUGGACUUGGAGCUGCAGCUUUUGCUUGGGAUGUCCUUAGUGGGCAGACGAUUGCGACUGUGCCCAUGGGACCCAAAGUCAAGGCCGUGAGUUGUGUUGCGUGGAACGAGAAAGGGGGCUGCUGGGCGAGUGGAUGUUCCGAUGGUAUGGCCCUUUAUGUCUCUUUUCUGCUGCCAAACGAUGCAAUGCUAACUCGGGAUCCAGGCACCGUCCGGGUUUUUGGUUAG